AUGGCGACCUCUCGGUCAAUGUCGCCCGGAGGGGCUCUCCUCCGGUCGUCGAGGAUGUUUUCCCUCCCGCCUCCUGUUCCCGCACAAGUCAACAAUAUUGUCAACUCGAGUGUGAACCGCUCCGACACGGCGACCUUGCCGUACCCGACCCUGCAGUCCAUCACCACGCCCUCGGCAGCACGCAGACAGGGCGAUUGGGGCUUCAAGCGUCCGUUUCCUCUCAAGUCGACCACCAAGUCUUCCACGCCGCUCAUCCGCGUCAAGCAAGUCGACACUAUCGAACAUGUGACCGACUUCGCGUCCGCCGCCGACCACACGCUGUCACUUGAAAAGUUCCAAGAGAUGAACAUCCCAGUUGUCAUGCCGCCUUUCUAUGACCCCGCAAACCCUUCAAGCCAGGUUCCAGAGAGCAUGCCAAGGAAGUCCGUCUUUGAGGAAUCCCACGACGUCACCGACAUCGCCCCCGACAAGAAGCACACCAUGAACGCCUACCGCUGGAAGUUCGACGGGCCAUGGCUGGCGGGCUUGUCGGAAGGAGAGUUCAACAAGUACCUCCGAGCCAAGGUCAAGCCCAGGCGGGCCGAGUUUCGCCAGUGGCUGAAGGGCAUCGUGGCCGAGGAGAUGAAUGAGCAGGCCAUCACGGACUCAAUCGAGAAGGGCGAUGGAGGUGAACACGUCAAGCUGACGGCGGCAGAAGUCACCGAUGAGCAGCUCACGCACAGGAUACGUGAGCUUCGUGCGGACCGUGUAGAGUUGUACAAACUCGUUGGGCGUUUCUUGGAUCUAGCGCCAAUUGCGCCUAAGACACCAAAGAUUCCCUCCUUUGAUGUCAUGAGGAUGAAUCUCCGCAAGCCUCCGCCCAUGAACCCUUACGCAGAGGCUGGCCCGCCUGUCACGCAUCCCUCCGCUGGUAUCUCUUACCUGCGCACCGGGUCUUUCGUAGAGAACCACCCGCUGUACGGCCCGCAGCAGUCGCGCAGGCACGUGGCUGGCAGGGUCCUGUUGAGCAGUUCUAACUUCGGCCCCGCCAAUAACAACAACUUCAACGUCACCAUCGGCCUGGGAGGCUUUGUCACCAAGCCUCCGACUGGAGACAACUUCUGGAACAAUAAGGCGGCGGGCAACAGGUUCGACCCGGCGCAAGUCGGUGGCGAUAAACAAUAUGUGGAGCCGCUCCUCGCCGUUGUUGAUUCCAGGGGCAACAUCAGGGUCACGGCAAAGGCUUCACAACCCGAAGGCGUGGUUGUCGCAAAACAGCUCGACGGAGCUGAAGUGGGUGAAAAGAACGCCCGGCCGGAGUCGUCUAUUGAGCCGGCCGAGAGUCGGAAGACUGGGAGGGAAGUUUACGGUGACUCGGGCUCAUAUGGUUUCAAGGCAUGA